GCAACAUCUCUAUUUCCUCUCUGCUUCCUCAGGUUUGUCGCUGCACUGCCAGUCCUUCUUCUCCCAUGGCUUUUAAACCUCGCCGGCUCGCCCACACUUCAAUUCUAGCUGCAGAGUUGGCGGCGGAGGAAGAUUAUGUCGCUCUAUCUCGACAACGGGGAGCACAAUAUGGAAUCUGCGCAUCCCGAUCCACCAGAAUUUGUGCUGUGCCAAUCCGGGAAGCGGAUGGACCAGGUGGCGGUUUCCCCCUCUGCAGCUCCGGCUCUGGUGUUGUCGAACUCCAGGAAACGGAUCGAACCGUCGGGGAGGAGUAAGAAGUACGUGAAGCAGGUGACAGGACGGUUUAAUGAUACAGAGCUUCACCUCGCGGCGCUGCGAGGGGACCUUACGGCGCUGAAGCAGAUUCUAGGCGAGGUCGAAACGCAAGUCACGGGGACGCCUGGUGAUGCCGAAUUCGUCUCCGAGGUGGCUGAAAUCCGCGCGGCUAUGGCCAACGAGGCGAAUGAGAUGGGUGAGACGGCACUGUUCAUCGCCGUGGAGAAGGGGUUUCUUGAUGUUGUAGUGGAGCUGUUGAAGUACUCCGAUCGGGAGAGCCUCUCCAGGAAGAAUAGAUCAGGUUUUGAUGCUUUACAUGUGGCUGCCAGAGAGGGGCACAAAGAAAUUGUCCAGUUACUUCUCGAUCACGACCCAGACCUAAUCAAGACAUUGGGUCAAUCAAAUGUCACCCCGCUUAUAACUGCUGUCAUGAGAGGUCACACUGAAAUUGUGAAGUUGUUGCUGGAACAAGAUGUGAGCUUAAUUGAGAUGUCAAAAACCAAUGGAAAGAGUGCUCUGCAUUUCGCCGCUCGUCAAGGACAUCUUCAAAUUGUAAAAGCAUUGCUUGAGAAGGAUCCACAACUUGCUAGGAGGACUGAUAAAAAAGGGCAAACCGCUCUCCAUAUGGCAGUUAAAGGAACAAGCUGUGAUGUUGUAAAAGCUCUUGUGGAUGCUGAUCCAGCCAUAGUGAUGCUACCAGAUAGAGCAGGCAACACUGCUUUACAUGUGGCAACAAAGAAGAAAAGAACUGAGGUAGUAGUGACUCUCCUACACCUCCCUGAUAUAAAUGUGAAUGCACUGACAAGAGAACAUCAAACUGCCCUUGAUAUUGCUGAAGGCUUACCACUUUCAGAAGAAUCUGCUGAGAUUAAAGAAUGGUUGACUCGUUAUGAAGCAGUAAGGGCAAAGGAAUUGAAUCAGCCUCGCGAUGAGCUCCGAAAGACCGUUACUGAGAUAAAAAAGGAUGUCCAUAUACAACUGGAACAGACUAUGAAGACAAACAAAAAUGUCUAUGGCAUCGCGAAGGAACUAAGAAAGCUACACAGAGAAGGCAUUAACAAUGCUACAAACUCUGUGACUGUGGUUGCCGUGCUCUUUGCAACCGUUGCAUUUGCCUCGAUCUUUACAGUUCCUGGUGGGACUGACCCUGCUGGGACAGCUACGGUCACUGGAUCUGGGAGUUUCAAAGUUUUUUUCAUCUUCAAUGCUGUUGCCCUCUUCACUUCAUUGGCAGUAGUGGUGGUUCAGAUAACAAUAGUCAGGGGAGAAACAAAAGCAGAGAGGCGGGUUGUUGAAGUUAUUAACAAACUGAUGUGGCUUGCCUCUGUUUGCACUACCGUUUCAUUUAUUGCAUCUUCCUACAUUGUAGUGGGCCGGCGUAACCAAUGGGCAGCUUUUCUGGUUUCGCUUAUUGGUGGAGUAACUAUGGCUGGUGUUAUCGGGACCAUGACUUUCUAUGUUGUAAGGUCGAAGCGUACCCGUUCGAUUAGGAGGCGAGCAAAGUCCUCAAGGAGUGGUGCAAGUUCAUGGCAUCACACUUCUGAGUUAUCUGAUCCUGAUUUUGACAGGGUUUACGCCAUUUGAACCAUGAAGGGGAUUCAAUGGUCCGACAUCCUUUCAGUAUCUUGUAUGUGCAUAGUGAAUCAAACACUGUUUAUCGAGUGGAUUGACGGUCUUCUAGGAUGCAGCAAAGUCGCUUCUAGUUCUCAUGUCCUAUGUUGUAAAUUGGAAAUUAAGUUAUGUAACAGUGGUAUCGUGCUAUGAUGUUUCCAAUGAAUCAUCUUAGUUAUUAUAAAAUAAAAGAAGGUAAUGUGUCUCCUAUCUCUUGAAA